AUGAGGUCUAUACUUCAUUUUAUUAUUCUAAAAAAGAGAAUUUUACCAUAUUUUCUUUAACCCAAUUUAAGAAUAUAGGAUCUGAGCAAAUUCAGAAUAAAUGGCUGUGUAAGCAUAGUAUAUCUUAGAAAUAUUAUAAUGAAAUAAAUAAUCUAGAUUUUUCUAAGUUUUCAUAUUGAUCGAAAUACUUUAAAACAAAUUAUUCUUAAUAUUUAUAAGUUUACAUAGUUCCAGUUUAAAUUCCAUGAUUACCUUUUGAGAGAGCAUAUAGGAUAUGAACUAAUUAAUACUCAUCAGGUUCUUGUAAUUAAUAUUCUAAUAAAAAGAUUAAAUCAUUAAAGUCUUGAUAGAGUUGAAUACAUACUUGGAACUUUCAAGAAGGAAAUAUCCAGAAGAAUUCUUGUUACAAUAGUAAAUAAAUAUUUUUAACCUGUUAAAUUAAAUUAUAAUAAUCAAGUGAAUAUCAAUCAGCUAAAUGAUCUAAUUAAUCAGCAAAAAUAAAAUACAAUAAAUCUUUAAGACUUUAGCAUAUUUAUCAUGAUUAAAUAUUCUAAAUGCAUAAAAAGCUUCAAUAGUUUAAUCUACAUUCAAUUUUUCUUGAGAGAUAGUGAUGAAUUUGUGGUUUAACUAUAUUUCAAUAAUUCCGAAAUCUUUUAGAUAUCUUCUUUAAUUAUCAAUUAUUAUUGUAGCAUCCAUGCAAUUUUUUGGAUUUCCUUAAAGUUUGCCUAAGAAAUUGCAUCCUUCAGUUUAGUAAAAAGAUCAGGCAACUUUUUAUCGUGA